GUGUAGUUUGAAAGCAUGUUACACUGACCCCACGCACACGUGAAGACUGCAAUGAAGGAAAAGUAAGGGUGAUCAAACCUUGGAAUAUAGCGAUUAUUUUUAAUCUUAAACUUGGAUCAGAAACGAAGAAGGAGCGCACAGUUGCAGAGGAUCUAGCUAAGAUGACUCCCUCAGACUCGUCCCAUGAGGGGCAAGAAACAGAGACUCCCCUUAAAACCAAAAGGAGCAGACCUGAUGAGGGCAAAGUGAAGGAGCCAGCGUAUCACCGGGUGAAGAUGUCCCGAAGUGAUCUGUACAAACCUCCUACAGCAGAGGAGCUUAACCAGCUGAAAGAGGCGGAAAGCUUGUUUCACUGCAGCCUGCUCAAAAUGCAGAUGGAGGAGCUGCUGAAAGAGGUCGCCCUGAGUGAGCGUAGGAAACAACAGAUAGAUGCCUUUGUGGAAACGGUCACCAAGCUUCUCCAGGCUGUACCAGACUCCCCAAAGGUUGAGAUGAGCGACCUGUCAUGGCUGUCUGGAGCAGUUAAGGUCCCUUUCAUUAUGCUGCCCAAGUCAACAAAGGGGAAAUUCAACAUGGCGCCCCCAGCUUCUAUUGAUUUGAUCGGCAGCUACCCACUGGGCACCUGCAUCAAACCUCACAUCGUGGUGGACCUGGCUGUAACAAUCCCAAGUGAUGUGCUCCAACAAAAGGAUGACAUAAACCAGAGGUACCCAAGAAAGAGGGCUCUCUAUCUGGCAGGUCUGGCCCAGCAUCUCGUAUCCUCCUCAGAGAUUGGAACCAUGCGCUAUUCCUGUCUCCAUGGAAAUCGGCUCAGGCCUGUUCUGCUAUUGACCCCUCCAAACUCUAGCUUAACGUUGCGUGUUCACGCCUGCCCACCUCCCGGAUUCUUCAAGCCCAUGCGUUUCCAUCCUCAGAAGAAUAAUGUUCGGACAGAGUGGUACACCGGACAGGAAACCUCCCAGUCUGAGAGCAGCCAACCAUCCACUCCUCAUUACAACAGCUCCCUUCUGGGGGAUCUACUUCCCAGGGCUCAUCUUCAGUUUCUUACUGCUGUUGGCUCCCAGUGCUCGGCUUUUGCUGAUGGAGUGGCUUUGCUCAAAGUCUGGCUUCGUCAAAGAGAGCUCAACCAAGGCACUGGUUCUUUCAAUGGAUUCUUAGCUGCAAUGCUGCUGGCCUAUCUGCUCACCACUCACAGAAUCAGUAACACCAUGACGGCCUAUCAGCUGCUUCGAAACAGCUUGAACUUUUUGGCCUCUACAGACCUGACUGUGAAUGGAAUAACUCUGGCCAAAAAUCCAGACUCCACAGCUCCAUCUCUUUCAGCAUUCCACAGUGCCUUCCAGGUUGUUUUCCUUGACCCUUCAGGACAUCUCAACAUGUGUGCUGAAAUGACCGCUUGUACCUACAAGCAGCUUCAACACGAGGCAUCCUUAUCCAUGCAGUUCUGGGACAAUCCUACAGUGGAUGGGUUCCAUGCCCUCCUCAUGACCCCCAAACCCAUGAUAAGGACAAGCGACCAUGUGUUCCAGUUAUGUGACCUAGUGAAGCUCCAUUCCAGCUGCAAGAAACUGAACCUCUUAAGUGAACUGAUGGACCACAGUGGGGAUUAUGUCCACACUGCGCUCCCUGUUAUUUUGUCAUUGCUUCAACAAGGACUGGGCCAAAGGAUCUGCCUUCUCACCCACUCACUCUCUGCUGCACCUGAGUGGUCUGUGGCCAGUAACCCCCCCAAAUACAAAGAUCAGCCUCCUCUUUCCUUUGGUUUACUCCUAAAGCCUGAGAUGGCAGCCUCAGUCCUGGAAAGAGGCCCCCCUGCAGACAGCCCACAGGCAGCUGAGUUUCGUCAGUUGUGGGGCUCUCGCUCUGAGCUGCGUCGCUUCAAGGACGGCGCCAUCACUGAGGCUGUGCUGUGGGACGCAAAGAGCAUGUGCCAAAAACGACUGGUCCCCAGACAGAUCAUCACUCACCUGCUACAGCUACACGCCGCCAUUCCUGCCUCCUGUGUGCGGUAUGUCGCGGCAAUGCUUGAUGACGUCAUCUCAACGGGACGCGAGGUGCCCAGUACCGGAGAGGAGGAGAGUUUAGCAGUGGUUCAGUCCUAUGACGACCUGAGUAGGAAACUGUGGAGGAUGGAAGAUUUGCCUCUCUCCAUCACAUCAGUGCAAGGAGCACAUCCUGCACUCAGAUAUACACAGGUUUUUCCCCCUUUGCCAUUGAACCUGGACUACUCCUUCUUUGACAGAGAAAAGACUUGUGGAUCCCUGGUGCCUAAAGAAAAAAAGCCAUGCCCUCCUUAUAUCACGCCUAUCACAGUGAUCUGCCACAUGGAGGGGAGUGGGAAAUGGCCUCAAGAUCAUCUCGCUAUUCAGCAUAUCCGAGCUGCGUUUCACAUAAAACUGGGAGAGUUGCUGAAGAAGCACCAUAAUUACACAUGCAGGCCCUGCCCCACACACUUGGAUGUCUGGAAGGAUGGCUUCAUUUUCCGAAUCCAGGUGGCGUACCAUCGGGAGCCUCAGGUGCUGAGGGAGAGCGUGAACGCUCAGGGACUGCUGGUUGUGAGAGACAAUGAAGAGGCUCGGGCUGUGGAGAUGGCAACUAUUCACAAGCCUCUACUCACCAGCACAUUACACGGGCUUCAGCAGCAGCACCCCUGCUUCGGGGCAGUGUGUCGUCUGGCCAAGCGCUGGCUGGGGGCUCAACUCUUCAGUGACGAUAUAAGAGAGGACACAGCCGACUUGUUGGUGACAUCGCUGUUCCUGCAGCCUGCACCCUUUACACCCCCUGGUUCUCCCCAGGUGGGCUUCCUUCGCUUCCUUCACCUUCUCGCCUCCUUUGACUGGCGGAACAACCCGCUGAUAGUAAACCUCAACAACCAGCUCACAGCGGCCGACUACACAGAAAUCAAGAAUGACUUCAUGGCCUCCCGAGAGUCUCUGCCUGGCAUGUUUAUAGCUACGCCUAAAGAUAAAAAAAUGUCUUUGUGGACCAAGCGAGCACCCAGUAUACAGAUGCUGCAGCGGGUGGUGAUUGUGGCUGCAGAGAGUCUUAAGGUCCUGGAGCAGCAGCUGAUGGACGGCAGCCAGAUGCAAGAUGUCAGGGUGGCCCUGCGUCCCCCUCUGGAUGUCUACGACGUGUUGAUUCACCUGAUUCCCAAGCAGGUUCCCCUGCUCAAGCAGGCGGUGGACCCUCCCGCUGUCACCUUCAGCCAAGGUGUCUUUCCUGGUGGCGGCUUCAAGUCGGGAGGGGCCCUGCCCGUCAUAGACUACAACCCCGUGUCCCUCUACCUGGCGGAGCUCAGAGAUGCGUUUGGUGACCUGGCCCUUUUCUUCUGUGAUCCUUAUGGUGGAACAGUGAUCGCAGUCUUAUGGAAACCGAAGGCCUUCAUCCCCGGAGCUUUUAAGAUGUCUCAGGUAUCUGCCCGAAGACUGGAGGUGAGGGGAGAGGAAGUAAAUGCUGUUCCAAAUGUUGAAGCUAUACUGGCGGACUUCCAAAUCAUGGGGGAGGGCCUGGUCAAAUCUGUGGAAGCCAGAACUGAUAAGUGGUCAGUUUAGAUGGGGUUCCGCACACCGAACUUGUCCUGUUUCUGACAAACCACAGAAAGAUUUUGUCCACAAGUGUUCAAUACAUGUUUGUAUCAUGACUAAUAAAUGUUUUGGUACUGUUUUGAUUUA